AUGGCUCUCCUGGGAAUGUUGAAGCGGCGCAAGGGUCCGCAGGAACGCCAAACCAGCAACUCCUCAGAGCGCACACCAGAAGGUCCCGUCAGUAUGCCUUCAAACGAGGAAGAGGUCACCGACUCUGUGUUUCUUGAUGAAGAGAAGUUGAAAGCCACCAGCGAGACGGUGGCGAUCGAAGAGGAGAGUCAUGAAGACCCAGAAAUCGCCGCAUUGCCUCUACAGGUGCGACAGCUGGUCAAUUUGACCGAUGACCCUACUUUGCCUACCAUGACCUUCCGCUACUUUGUGCUUUCGGCCAUCUUUGUCAUCCCGGGUGCCUUCUUGUCCCAGAUGAGCUACUUCCGAACAACCAGUGCAACUUACUCGGUCUUCUUCGUCCAAAUUGCUUCUCACUAUGCCGGGCACUUCCUCGCAAGGACACUGCCAACCUGGGUGAUUCGUGUGCCUGGGACUACCUGGUCUUUCAGCCUAAACCCGGGGGCCUGGAGUAUCAAAGAACAUGUGCUGGUCACGGUGACGGCGGCCUCAGGAGCGACAUAUAACAUGGGAUAUGCUCCGAUUGUUUUGGCCGAGCUCUGGUAUGGUCAAAGAAUUCAGCCGGCCGUUGCAAUCUUCUUCAUGCUGGCCAUUGUAUGGACAGGGUAUGCUUUCGCGGCUCUGGCUCGACAGAUUCUCCUGCCCGACCCGGAAUAUAUUUGGCCCCAGGCGUUGAUGCAAACUACGCUCUUCGAAACAUUCCGAAGGACGGACAUAUCCUCCCGUCUCGCACGUCGCCAGAUGAAGGUGUUCUUUUUCUCCCUUCUAGGAAUGACAAUGUGGCAGUUUCUACCCGAAUACGUGUUUCCGUUCACAUCGUCACUGGCUUUUCUAUGUUGGGUAGCGCCGCGAAACCCAGUUGCCAACUUCAUCGGAUCUGGUCUGGGAGGUAUGGGCUUCCUCAAUCUGUCCUUGGACUGGUCCAACAUCAAUUGGAAUGGAUCUUCCAUCUUGCUCACCCCAUGGUGGACCCAGGUCAUUCUGUUCCUGGCCUUUGCUUUCAAUUGUUGGAUUCUGCUUCCUGCAGCGAAGUGGGGGAACCUCGGAUCUUUCAAGCAUGGUUUGAUGUCUAAUAAUCUCUUGAUGGCUAACGGCACGAAAUACCCGAUCACAGAGGUGCUUACCCCAGACUAUCACCUCAACGAGACUGCCUUUCAGGAAUAUGGUCCAAUGUACAUGGGCUUGCAGAAUGUGUGGGCAACCUUCUUCGAUUAUGCCAAGUUGCCGGCUGCGGUGAUGUGGAUUGCAACGUUUGGUUUCAGCCAAGUGAGGAGCAACCUCCAGAAGAUUUUCUCUCGCAAGAAGAACGCAGAUGUAGCGGGCCAGGGCAUACACUACCAGUACAGCGAUCGCCUCAACGUUAUUCAGCGGCAGUACAAAGAGAUCCCGAUAUGGUGGUACAUUGCCCUGUUCCUGGUGGCGUUCGUCAUCCUAAUUACCAGCAUUGCAUGCGGAUACCUCUUCAUUCCUAUUUGGACCUUGUUUGUAGCCUUUGCCAGUGCAGCGAUAUUUGUGAUUCCCUUCGCUUGGUUAUACGCCAUCUCGAAUUACCAGCUUGAGACUGGGUCGUUCAAUGAGCUGAUGUAUGGCUAUAUGGUGCACACCAAAGCCGGUGAAAACCACCAGCACCCUUGUGGACCAUCUGUCUAUGGUGCUAUUGCUGGUGAUGCCUGGUAUCGGGCGCAAUACAUGCUCCAGGACCAGAAGAUUGGCCAUUACAUGCAUAUUCCUCCCCGGCAGGUAUUUUUCUCCCAGAUCUUUGGUACGCUCAUGGGUGUUCCGAUCAACUACGCUGUCAUCCGCUGGGUCAUGGACACCAAGGGCGAUUAUUUGACCGGGAAGAAGGCUGAUCCACUUACCCAAUGGACGGGCCAAAAGCUUGUCAGUUCCAACACGAUGGGUGUACAGUAUGCAGUUCUCGGUCCCAAGCGACUCUUUGCCGAAGCGGAGAUGUCCCCACUUCCGUGGUCAUUCCUCGUGGGAGCCGUCAUUCCUCCCAUCCUGUUCGUGUUCCACCGCUUCUUCCCAAAGCUGCGGAUUGAUCUGUGGAACGUCAGUAUCUUCUUCGGUGGUCUAGCCAUGUUCUAUGGCAAUGUCAGCACCGGAUAUACAUCGGCGGUCAUUGGUGCUUAUAUUUCAAUGUACUGGGCUUACCGGCGCCACUUUGAAGUGUGGAAGCGCUAUAAUUACCUGGUGGCCGCGGCAUUCGAUGCAGGAUUCAACCUAAACAUGCUGCUCAUAUUUUUCUUCUUCGGGGCUGGCAAGCAGAUCUCGAUGCCAAAGUGGUGGGGCAACAACGCCGAUUCGGUGGAACGGUGCUUUGCUGUGAGUAGUUAG